UGCGAGAUCCCCACCGGCCUCCCGGAGAACGAGCCCCGGUCGCCGCGACCACCAGCCGCGCUAACCGCCGACCAACCGCCACCGAGGUGCCCGAGUGAGAGCAGAGGAGGCGGCAUGAGCGAGGCGGGCGAGGCCACCACCACCCUGCCGCAGGCUCCGGCGGAGGCGGCCGCCGCGGCCCCCUUGGACGCUGCGCCCAAGAGCCCGGGGGGCAGCGGCGCGCCCCAGGCCGCAACCCCAGCGCCCACCGCCCUUGUCGCAGGAAACCCCGGUGGGGACGCGACCCCUGCAGCCACGGACACCUCGCCACCCGCCCCUGCAGCCACCGCCGGCAGCGAAGACGCGGAGAAAAAAGUUCUCGCCACCAAAGUCCUUGGCACUGUCAAAUGGUUCAACGUCAGAAAUGGAUAUGGAUUUAUAAAUCGAAAUGACACCAAAGAAGAUGUAUUUGUGCAUCAGACAGCCAUCAAGAAGAACAAUCCACGGAAAUACCUGCGCAGUGUAGGAGAUGGAGAAACUGUAGAGUUUGAUGUUGUUGAAGGAGAGAAGGGUGCAGAAGCAGCCAAUGUGACUGGUCCAGAUGGAGUUCCUGUAGAAGGGAGCCGGUAUGCUGCUGACCGCCGCCGUUACAGACGGGGCUACUAUGGCAGACGCCGCGGACCUCCUCGCAAUUACGCUGGGGAGGAGGAGGAGGAAGGGAGCGGCAGCAGUGAAGGAUUUGACCCCCCUGCCACUGACGGGCAGUUCUUUGGGGCCCGAAGUCAGCUGCGCCGUCCCCAGUAUCGCCCUCAGUACCGGCAGCGGCGGUUCCCGCCUUACCACGUGGGACAGACCUUUGACCGUCGCUCUCGGGUCUUUCCCCAGCCCAACAGAAUGCAGGCUGGUGAGAUUGGAGAAAUGAAGGAUGGAGUCCCAGAGGGAGCCCAACUUCAGGGACCAGUUCAUAGAAACCCAACUUACCGCCCAAGAUACCGUAGGGGACCUCCUCGCCCACGACCUCCCCCAGCUGUCGGAGAGGCUGAAGAUAAAGAAAAUCAACAAGCAGCCAGUGGUCCAAACCAACCAGCUGCUCGCCGUGGAUACAGGCGUCCAUACAACUUCCGCCGCCGUCCCCGUCCUCCUAAUACUCCUGCACAAGAUGGCAAAGAGACCAAAGCAGGUGAAGCACCAACUGAGAACCCUGCUCCAGCCACUGAGCAGAGCAGUGCUGAGUAA